GGGCGGGCCGGGGCCGCGAUGUCGCCGCCGGGCCCGGGGCGUCCGGCCGGGCCCGGGCCUGGACCUGGGGCUGUGCUGCGCUCUGUCAACACGCGGGAGGUCUCCGAGGUUGUCUUCAACAACUACAGCCCGCGCUGCGUGCUGCCCGUCUGGCUGGACUUCGAGGGCAAGCCGCGCCACUACCCGGUCCUGCAGCCGCGCAGCGGGCGCGUCAUGAACAGCUACCGGGGGCACCUCUGGCUGUUCCGGGAUGCAGGGACCAAUGACGGGCUGCUUGUCAACCAGCAGGAGCUGUUUGUGGCAGCCCCCAAUGUGACCAAAGCUGACAUCACACUGCCAGUGUUCACCCUGAAGGAGAGAUGUCUGCAGGUUGUGCGCAGUCUGGUCAGCCCAGUGGACUACAGGAAACUGGACAUUGUUCAGUCGUUAUAUGAAGAGCUGGAGGAUCAUCCUGAUAUUUGGAAGGAUCUUCAGCGGCUUUCUCUGGAGAGGAAUGAAGCACUGAGGAACAAAACUGUGGAAUAACAUAAUUAAUUCAGACUUCUCAGUAGCAAACCACUGAGUCAGAGCAGCAAGAGUCAACAGGAAACACACCAAGAACUGAUGCCUCUGUUUAAAGUUUUGAAACAUAAACUCAUAACAUUGGUGAUAGUCAAAUCAAUAGUCAAAGACUGAACAGCACCUGGAGGCAUGCCAGGUUCUAAUGGAUCAGUUCAUUUCUUCAUUACAUGUAUUGCAAACUGUAGGGUAAGAUCAGGGCAGGUGGAAAUGGAAAAUAUUCAUACAAAGUAACUUUCAUUGUAUUAGAAAGCAAAUUACACCAAGGAUUAAUUUAGCCCAGACUAACGGUUUUAAGUGUCAUUGGUUUGAGUAAUUUGUUUUGAUGGAAUUUCCCUUUCACAUGUAGCCUCAAUGUGCCUGUGGGUUACAGAACAUGGGUGGUUUGUACAUGAGAGUUUGCAGCAGUGCCUGAGAGUCGGACAAGCAUUACAUUGGUGGAAAAAUGAUCUGUUAAUGCUUGAAGGUUAUUCUGCCUCUUACCUUUCCACAUACAAAGCCACAUUGGAUCCGCUCUAGGUCUGACAUGUUUUUACUAUCAUCAUACCUCAGAUGCCUUAUUUGCCUUUGUCAUAGGAUUCUUGCCUGGCUGAUUUCAGCCACAGAGAGCAGAUCCUAGUUUUGGACACCCUUAUCUCCCACAGCUGCUUCCACAGCCUGUACAGGGUUCACAGGAGGCAGAUGCUUUAAGUUCUGUCUUUUCCCCUAGCCGUGCUAUAGUCCAGGUUGUAGUAGGAGGCCUUUUCAGGGAGCAUGGGCCUCUCGAGCUGCCUGUGUCUUCUCAGGACCAAUGGGAGCUGUAUUGGCUCACACAGCCAGCUCACAAACAGGGCCACGCUUAGUGGCAGGCUGAAAAAGAAAGGUAAUAUGUGUUUGCCUGUAUUGUGUUCUCCACAUCUCAGUGGAAUGUGCUCUGGUGUAAAUACACACAGAGAGUUCAAAACAGCGUAGUUUAGAGUUACAUUAAUUGUCCAUCGAGCAAGAUGUGGUGCAGCUCAGGUUAGAAGCAGAUUGGUUGGAGAUUGAUUACAGCAGGUUAUUUCUGUGAAUACGUGUCCCUCCAGUUGUACAUUCUGAGAGUAGCUGUGAAACAGAGAAUCUCAAUUCUCAGUUUUGUACAUAUGGAAUGUCUCCCUAUUUGCAAACUUGUUUUUCUUACAUAUUUGAAGAAAUUGAUCUUUGACAUAAAAAUGGAAAUGCAUGCCAGCUUUCAGACUUUAAUUCUGUCAGGUAGGUCCCCAGUGCCUCUGUGUGUGUAUUCUAUGAUACUCUGACAGUCGUGUUUGACCAGGAAACACACUUUGGACUGUACAACCUACCCAGGCUGAUGCUGCAGGGCUGCGUUGUGGUUCUCAUGAACUAUCAGCACAGCUUCAGGCAGUGUCUGGGCAGGAACAGGGCUACUGUCAAGUUCUGCUCUUCCCACCUCUCACAGAUCUCUGAGGGGAAGGUGAGCCCAUGCAGGUCUCUGGAGCAGACAUGGGUCAGUGCCCUAGGGAGCCUGAGGGUCAGAGAGUGCUGUACUCUGCUCCUGACCAUACCUGAGAGAAGGUUCCCUCGUGCUGCCUAUGAGGCUGUGUACUGCAAUUAGCAUGGCAGCUCUGCCAUACCCUGGCAGGAAGCUGGUCUGCUUGGCUGCAGCUUUUCCUGUAACCUAGUUGUUAUUAGGUGUUGGGUUUAACAGUCUGUACAUGGCACACACGUUCUGGGUAUUUCUGAGUUGGGUGAGGUCUGUGGUUUCUUGUGUUUCUCUUUAGAGUGUAUUUUUCUCUUCUGGAGUGCUCCUUUGGAUCAGAAUAAAAGAUUGGAGAAACCCCA